AUGCAAGUUCCAAAUGGUCGCUUCACAACUUCUGCAUGUUCUGUUCAGGCGAAGCUCGGGCCAGUGCAGCCGAGGUACGUUUGCGGUGACUGCCGUCGUGGAGCUUCGCUCGUUGUCACCGCCAUCGCAGAGGUGGAACCCCCACAUAGUCCUGGGAGUAUCAGCUGGGUCCUGGAAGAUUCAUGCUCCAGGAUCGUGAAAGUGCAUGCAGAUUGGACCAGGCUUCCCUUUCGCAGCAAGGGAGCUGGAUCCUUGUGUUUACCGACAGUUCUGCCCUAUUUCGCAGCAUAUUUGCGUGAACCAACUGGAGUCCGCAUCUGA